GAGAGAAGGAAUGUAUAGCGUGACGUUGGCCAUAGUUUCUAAGAAAAAACAGGUGAAGUGAGUCAGUAGCUUAUUUCGUCUUGUAAUUUACGACGGUAAAAUUGAAUUUCCAAACAUAUCUAGAUAAUUCGAGUGAAGUUAUUUCAAAAUUAUCCCUGGGACUUUUCCUACAUAGUAGUUUAAGAAAAAAUAUUUACUAAUCUACCACAAGGCGAAUACUAUGGCUGACCCAAGAUACCCAGUUUUGGAAAUUUACGACCCACCACCACCUUAUCCUUAUCUGGAUGGUCAACAACCUGUGGUACAUUCCUCGGCAGCAACCGCUCCCCCAUACGAAGCCGCAAGUACUGGAAAUGAUGACGGCCCACUUGCUAAGAAGGAUGUUGCAACGUCGAAUCAGAUUCACGUCAGUGUGUCGUCCGUUCAGGUUCCAGUAGCAACUAGGGUAGUCAUCCUACCAGGAAUUUCGGACCACAAUCCUCAGCGAACGGUUUGUCCUCAUUGCAGAGCUGACAUGCUGACACGCACCAGACGAGUGACGGGAAGUUGUCAACAUUGCUGGGCCCUUUGUCUUUGCUGCUUCGUAGGUUGUCCAUUCUGUUUGAUUCCGUACUGCUGCGAUAAUGAGUGUGGGGACACGGUUCACUCUUGCGAAAAUUGCCAGAUGGACGUCGCAACGGUGCACAGAAUGUAGAUUUUAUUUUAUUGCAAAAAUUGAGAUAACUAAAUAUGUACUUAUCGAAUGUUAUGAACUCCAUCCCGGAAUUAUGAAUCUGAGAUUUUUAUUAUUAUUAUUCUUAUCCGAAGUAUUGUCAAUCGGUCACGAAAAUAAUAAAUAUUAAAUUUGCAAAGGGUAUUAUCUGGUGUUAUAAAAUGGCUCGUAUUACGUGAAGUUUGAAUAUAAUGAAACCCUUAUCUAUGUAA